GACCGGAAACAAAGUACACCAGUAUAAAAACGUGAAGAAGGAUAAGGUGUAACGUCUCACGAUCAAACAAAAACAAAAUAAAAUUUGUAAAGCGGACCUUUUGAGGUAUUAUCAAUGGCGAAGAAAGCAGUAUUAAUUGGAAUCAACUACCCUGGAACUAAGGCGGAGUUACGAGGCUGUGUCAACGAUGUUCGGAGGAUGCACAAAUGCCUAGUCGAUAGGUUCGGUUUCUUGGAGAGAAACAUCACCGAGCUGAUCGAUACUGACGACUCUUAUACCAAACCAACUGGUAAGAACAUCCGACGGGCGUUGUUGAAUCUAGUUGAGUCAGCUAGAUCAGGCGAUGUUCUCGUCGUUCAUUACAGUGGACAUGGGACGAGGUUGCCGGCCGAGACUGGUGAAGAUGAUGAUACUGGUUACGAUGAGUGUAUUGUUCCAUGUGAUAUGAAUCUGAUCACGGAUGAUGAAUUCAGGGAACUUGUGGAUAAAGUUCCAAAAGAUGCACGCAUUACAAUCAUCUCAGACUCUUGUCAUAGUGGUGGUCUCAUAGAUGAAGCUAAGGAGCAGAUAGGAGAGAGCACAAAGAAGAAGAAGAAACCAAAGAAAGAAGCUAAAGGCUCUUCAAGACUUGGAAUCAAAGACUUCGUGCUUGAAACUGUGGAACAAGAAGACGAAGAAACGAAUAUUAAAGAAUAUAUUGAGCUAGAAAAUGGGGACAAAAUCCAUGUGGGAAACAAAUCUCUACCUCUACAAACUCUUAUCGAUAUCCUCAAGCUCAACACGGGCAACGAUGAUAUCGCACUUGGUAAAAUCAGACCAACACUAUUCAAUGUGUUUGGAGAGGAUGCAUCUUCAAAGGUGAAGAAGUUCAUGAAAGUGCUUCUAACAAAGCUGCAAGAAGGUGAAAAUGAUCAAGUUGGUCUAAUGGGAAUGAUUGGGAAACUAACACAAGAGUUUAUUGAACACAAGCUCAACGACAAUGAAGAGAACGUUGGGAGAAAGCAAGAGGUCUAUGAAGGUGCAAGCAAGGGUUCUAUUGCUGAUAACGGUAUUUUGAUUAGUGGCUGCCAAACUGAUCAAACUUCAGCGGACGCGAGUCCUGUCGGUCAACCUGAACUGGCGUAUGGAGCAUUCACUAAUGCUGUGCAGAUCAUACUUGAGGAGAGCAAUGGUAAGGUUACAUAUAAAGAACUUGUUAUGAAGGCAAGAAAGCUUCUUAAGAAACAAGGCUUUACUCAACGACCGGGCCUGUAUUGUAGCGACGGUUACGUGAAUGCUCCGUUUAUUUGUUGAUUGUAACAUUCUCAUAAAGAAUUUGAAGUUCCGUGUUGGAUAAGUUACGU